CAUUUGGGGAGUUACAGCAGGACGCGCGGGUGGGGAAGAAAGAAGUCGCCAUCUCUCUUCCCCUUCGAUAUUUCAACUCUGCAACUUUCCACCAUUUCCCCUAAUUAAUUUCCUUUUCUUUUCCUCAAAAGAUUUCAUCUUUUUGCCUUACGCAUUUCCCCUUUUCGCCUCCACCGCUGUCGUCCUCAUCCCACACAACCCACACCAGUAAAAGAUAUAUAUAUUUUGACAAUUCCCCCAUUACCUUAUAUAUAUACACACGUAUAGAUUGCUUUUUUAUCGAGACCCAGAUAGCACAACCCAAUUCGUGCCCUUUUGACAUGGUCGACUGUUUGUUCAGAUAAUUUAUUUGGUGUAGAGGUUUAGUUGAUUCGGUUACAUAGCGAUGCCUGGAAUUGUCGAUGAGAUGGUAAAUGAAUCACAUGAAAAUUCCAUGCUAAGUAAGGAAAAUACAGCUCUGAAUGGAUCCCGGAAGAGUACUUUGAAUCAGCAAACCCCCCGGAGUACAGGACUUGAUCGUCCAGUUGAUGGGAUGGUUGACACCUCAAUUGAGCAGCUUUAUGAGAAUGUGUGUGAUAUGCAGAGUUCUGAUCAGUCGCCUUCAAGGCAUAGUUUUCAAUCGGAUGGUGAUGAGUCUAGGAUAGAUUCAGAGUUACGCCAUCUUGUUGGCGGAGAGAUGAGAGAGGUGGAGAUCAUGGAAGAGGAAGUGCUAGAAAAGCCAGCGUACGAUUCUCGUAGUGAUUCAAGUUCUAAGAAAGGUUCGUCCUCAGAUAGAAAAUCAGGAAAGAUGGUUAAAGCUGCAAGUACAAAAUCCGUUUCUUCAGGGAACUUGAAGAAAGUUGCUCACUUGCAGGUGGACACUGAAACUUCAUCAAAAUCAGUUGCGAAGGGAAGAAGUCCUGACAAACCUCCUAUUCCUGGCGCUAAGAAUUUCCAAAAACAACAAGCGGGACCCUCUCCUGUGAAGAAACGCAGUAAUUCAUCUGUGGCAGGGUCAAAGUUUCAGAAAGGAACUGAGGAUUUGGCUGAAUCAGGGUUAUAUAAUCCAGAUCUUGGGCCAUUUUUGCUUAAGCAAGCAAGGGAUUUGAUUUCAUCAGGGGAUAAUCCCCAGAAAGCUCUUGAAUUAGCUCUUCGAGCUGGAAAAUCAUUUGAAUUAUUUGCAAAUGGGAAACCUUGUUUAGAGCUGGUAAUGUGCCUUCACGUCACGGCAGCAAUUUACUGUAGCUUAGGCCAGUAUCAUGAGGCAAUUCCUGUUCUCGAACGCUCAAUUGAGCUUUCAGCCGUUGACGAAGGCCAAAAUCAUGCCCUUGCCAAAUUUGCUGGUCACAUGCAGUUGGGUGAUACUUAUGCUAUGCUGGGCCAACUUGAGAAUUCAAUUAUGCAUUACUCAACUGGGUUGGAAAUCCAGAAACAAGUUUUGGGAGAAACAGAUGUGAGAGUUGGUGAGACUUGUCGUUAUUUGGCUGAAGCUCAUGUUCAAGCAUUGCAAUUUGAUGAAGCUCAGAGGCUUUGCCAGAUGGCUCUCGAUAGUCAUAAAGAGAAUGGUUCCCCUUCUUCUCUCGAAGAGGCUGCAGAUAGGAGACUGAUGGGUCUUAUAUGUGAGACGAAGGGUGAUCAUGAAGCUGCUCUGGAGCAUCUUGUGUUAUCCAGCAUGGCCAUGGUGGCAAAUGGCCAGGAAGUGGAGGUGGCUUCGGUUGAUUGUAGCAUCGGAGACACAUACUUGUCCUUGUCUCGCUAUGAUGAAGCUGCUUUUGCUUAUCAGAAGGCACUCACUGUGUUCAUGACCACCAAAGGAGAGAAUCAUCCAGCUGUUGGUUCAGUCUUCAUCCGCUUGGCUGAUUUGUAUAACAGGACUGGGAAAGUUAGAGAGUCAAAAUCAUAUUGUGAGAAUGCCCUUCGAAUUUAUGAAAAGCCCGUGCCUGGAGUCCCUCCUGAGGAGAUGGCCAGUGGUCUCACAGAUGUUUCUGCUAUCUAUGAAUCGAUGAAUGACCUUGAGCAGGCAGUCAUGUUGCUACAGAAGGCAUUAAAGAUAUACAAUGAUGCCCCUGGUCAACAAAGCACCAUAGCCGGGAUUGAAGCCCAAAUGGGUGUCAUGUACUACAUGCUGGGGAGUUAUUCUGAAUCUUACGACUCCUUCAAGAGUGCCAUUUCAAAGCUCCGCGCAACUGGAGAGAAGAAAACUGCUUUUUUCGGGAUUGUUCUUAACCAAAUAGGGCUUACUUGUGUGCAACGUUAUUCCAUAUAUGAGGCUCAAGAAUUCUUCGAAGAAGCCAGGACUAUUUUGGAACACGAGUGCGGACCAUAUCACCCUGACACACUUGGGGUAUAUGGCAAUCUUGCUGGCACUUAUGAUGCAGCUGGAAGGUUGGAGGAUGCAAUCGAAAUCUUGGAGUACGUUGUUGAGAUGAGGGAAGAAAAGCUCGGGACGGCCAAUCCCGACGUGGAUGAUGAGAAAAGAAGGCUGGGUGAGUUAUUGAAAGAAGCAGGCAGAACCCGGAGCAGAAAAAACAGAUCACUAGAGAACCUCCUCGGUUCCAACUCCCACGGUAUAAACAACGAUGGAAUUACGGUAUUGUAAGUACGGUCGGAAACGAAUACGAUGUAUUACGGUACGUAGUUCAAUGGAAACAAACAUACAACAACCAAAGACCGAGGAAACGAUCGUUGGCAUUGUCGAAAACAUUGUUCUUGUGUAGGGUAACUAAAAUAAACUCAGGAUGGGGGGGUUUUGGCUAUAUUAUUAUUAUUAUAUAUAUAUAUAUAUGUAUGUAUAAGUUUAUACGAUUUUGUAUCCCACUAUUUAUGUAAUUGCAGCACCAAAUAUUGGUAACAAAAUUCAUCACACAAUUUGUAUUACUACAUUAAAGGUUUAUAGAUUUGUUUAA